UUUAGCUAUCUCAAGAACCCUAAAAACAGGGGAGAGGAGCGAUGGAGAACCUGGCGGCGUACGCGGUGAUGGCAUCGGCGUCGGUGGGGCUCUGCAAAGAGCUCUUGUUUCCUUACGAGGACGAUCAAGCGCCCCUGGGCAGCGAUUCGAGCUCCUUCCUCCAUAGCCGGCUGGCGGCGCUGCGGCGGCAGGAGGACGAGGACGACGACAUGACGGUCGCGCUGCUGUCGACAAUGUGGCAGGACGAGAUCGUUGCCUGCCUCGCCGCUGACAACAACAGCAGCGGCCAGGACCACGAUCUCCCUCCCGAGGAGGAGAAGAUCCCCGAGAGGUCAUCGCCAUCGCCUCCUCCAUCCUCGUCUCGCCUCAAGCGCUCCAGGCAGCAAUCUUUGGCGCCUCGCGCUCCUUACGAGGACGAAUUUGGGCUGCGAUUGAAUCUGGAUAGCGGCAGCUAUGCGCAGCAGCAGUUUGAGAUCUAUCCGGGAUCCACGAGCGAUCAUCAUCCCCGGCGCGUCCAUCACUUCGACACCCACCACGAGGAUCAUCCUCACGCUCUUCGCCAUCGCCACCACCAGAGCUUGUCCGGCGACCUGGCCGAGCAUCCUUUCUUGACGCCACACCAUUUCCCUGGCGCUCCGUCGCGGGAUUGGCCCCAGAGCUCGCAAGACUAGCAAGCUCGCCAACUUUUUUCCACUGUUCCCCCAUAUACUUGAGAUCACAGUCUCAUCUUGGAAGUAAUCUGGCCAUCUUCUCAUCUUUGCAAAGAAAUAGAGGACUUCUUCCAAGUAAACGAAA